AUGUCGGCACAGGACUGCGGCGUGACGCAGCCGUUGUUUGAAGACGCCCUGAACCGCGAGCACAUACGCAAGCUGAGGGAAAAGAGGAACGAGCGGAAGGUCGCCCAGGCCAAACCGCUGUGCCGUGCGCUGAGGUGGUUGUCUUUGAAGCACAGCCAGUUUGCUGUGCACUUCGCUGUUUUCGAGUUGAACCUGUUCGAGAGGGCAAUUUUCUACCUGGUGGUUGCAUUGUUGGGCUGCCUGGUUAUCUACGGUGCAGCUCGCCAAAUUGCUGCUGCAGCUAAAAUUGUGGAGUGGGCAGGCAACACACUUACCACCUGGAUUUCGCCUCCAACAAACAAUUCCACAUUACAAAGUGAACUGUGA